UUAACAUUAGCCAGCACGGAACGAUUCGAAUCAGCCACAUAAACUUGUGUUAUUCAUUAGUAAAUACAUGCUUUUAACUCUCGUGAAUAAUAUAUAUAUCCUUGUGCGUAGAUACGAUACUAUUAUUAGUAGAAAAUUAUUUAAACAAAAUACCAUUGUGCGAAGACAUAGUAUCGCCGUUAUUAGUCCUGUUUGUGAGUAGCUAUUCUAUCGUGUAUCUCCUUAACACUGGUGACAAUCAAUAUACACCCCUUCACCCUUGUGUUUGUGGUCCAUUCGUCUAUACCACUACUAGUAGUGUACCUCUAUCACACUACAACGACACCGACAUGUCCAAUAAGGGAACCGGGCAAUACACCAGCACCUUCGUCCAUUCCUCCCCAGUCAUUCGGGAAGAUGAGGAGUUAGUACUAUCACCUAAUCGAAACACCUCACCAACCUGGAAUAAGCGUAUAGUGCCCGUCAUCAGCGCUGAAUUGGCCGACACUUCUGAUGAGGAUGAGGAGGUUAAGGGUAGUCGCAGUGCGGCAGAGACGGUUACAUCGACGUCUAAUACCCGGCCUACUAAUACUCGCGUGAAAUCGCAAGUAUCCAUGCCGGCCCUGAUGUACGAUCAGCAGAGACACUCCCCGCCCAUGGGCAAACGUGACGGCAGUAUGGGACAAAGAACUUAUCCUCUCUCGUCUAGUGUAUCAAUGGAAUGUAUGCAACCGCAUAGCAUCAGUAGCUUUUCCAGCGAUGGCAUGAUGCAUACACAUGGAGAUAAAGACAAAGAUAGUAAUAGGAGUAGUGGGAAUCCAAGCCCCACUAAGACCUUCCCAACGUCGAGCUCGGAGGGGAAGCUGAGUGAUAUGAAUGUACGGGGCAGUGGUCGCUUUGCCAACCGGAAUAUGGGCAUGAUACGCACACCCACGCUUGAGCUGAAGAAGCUUACGGAUGAGGAUAAGAAGAAGAGUGAGAAGCAGCUGCAUGACACGCUUACGGCGAUCAAGCAAGACAUACACAUGCAGCGCCUGUCCGGUGACAAGAAGGUCGUCGUGUUCAUGUGCGGCCUACCCGCACGCGGAAAGAGUUUCAUCUCCAAGAAGUUGGCCCGAUAUCUAAGGUGGAUGGGGUAUGGCACGGAGGUGUUCAAUGUCGGAAACCUCCGUCGCAAAAGGAAGCAGAAGGAGGCGCACUCUGCCAAUUUCUUCGACCCGAAUAAUCAAAAUGCCAAAGAUGAGAGAGACCGCCUGGCAUUGGAUGUUUUGGAUCACGCCAUCGAUUGGCUGCAAAAUGAAAAUGGCCAGGUAGCUAUACACGACGCAACAAAUUCCAAUGUCCAGCGUAGGCGGACAGUGUACGAUGUGGCAAAGACCAAUGGGAAUGUGCAAGUCAUCUUCAUCGAAUCCAUUUGCAACGAUCCUCUGAUCCUCCAAAACAACAUAAAUCUCAAGUUACAGUCACCCGAUUAUAAGGACAUGGACCCCGUCAGGGCACGCAGCGAUUUCAUGAAUCGACUGAAGAAUUACGAGUCAGCAUACGAGACUCUCACCGAUACAGAAGGCGACUACGCUUAUAUCAAAGUAAUAAAUGUAGGAGGAAAGAUAGUGGCACGGAACAUCUCGUCGUUCCUGCCGGGCCUCAUGUGCACAUUCCUCAUGAACAUGCACUUGCAGCAACGCCCUAUAUGGCUCACGCGACACGGCGAAAGCGUGUACAACAUGCAGUACAGGGUGGGAGGAGACACAAAACUCAGUCCUCUGGGAAGACAAUAUGGGCGCGCGUUCUCAGUGUUUAUCCAGGAACAGCUGGGAAACAGCCAACCGGAGUCGCCGCCAAGGUCACCCAUGUUGAACAGGCGCAUGUCACCCUCUCUAGAGACGCCCCCGUCUUUCUUAGACCUACACGCGAGACUGGAAGAGGAGCAGUCCGACGAACCCGACGAACCCGACGAAAACGGUCACCCGAGCGGUCGGCGGAAUCGCAGCCUAACCCUCGCCUCAGACGAAGCCCCGCCAAUUAUGGCGUUUACGCCGUGUACCAGUCCCAAACGGAAUGAGGUGGUUGUGUGGACGUCUGGGCUGCAGAGGGCCGUAGAGACAAGCUCCUACCUACCACCGGGGUACAACUUCCACCAGACGGCCAUGUUGAACGAGAUCUUUGCCGGACGGUGUGAGGGCAUGACAUACGGCCAGAUUAUGAACCAGCUGCCUAUGGAGUUCCUGGCGCGAGCCCGAGACAAACUGCGCUAUCGCUAUCCCAACAGUGGUGAAUCGUACAUAGACGUGGUAGAGCGUGUGCGACCGCUCGUGACUGAGCUAGAGAGGACCGUGGCCCCAAUCAUCAUAGUGGGGCAUAUGGCGUCGUUACGAGCUAUCUACGCGUACUUCAUGAACGUCCCGUUGAAGCAGGUGCCGUACCUCAACUUCCCGCUGCACACGGCCGUGUGUCUGUCGGAGCUGCCCUUCGGCAUGAAGGAGGACGUCUAUCAGUGGAGUCCGAAGAACGAUGGAACGUCCGUAUGGGAAUACCUACCCAACUACUCGGUGACCAGUGAUACGUCGGAUGGCCAUAUUCUGCAGAGCGUUGCUUCUCUGGGCGAAGAAUAUGAGACCAUAGACGAGGCGGAGUUCCAGAAGUAUCGUGAGAAAGCCAUAGCAGACCAGAACCACGAGCGAUUAGAAGGGGAGGAAUACUUCAACCAGAUGGUCAACUUCCUGUCGUUCGAUCGCAACACAAAGCGAACGUGCAAGUGGGACAACUGCGACCGCCAAUUCGCCAACCAUCCCGCUUUUGUGGCGCACGUCAUAUCGGACCAUUGCAGCUCAGGGGGUUCGGCCAGUAAAGCCCAGGAGGAACUACACGCCCAGCCUCAGACCAGACCCCGCACCCAGGACCCAGAGGAAUUAGGGCCGCCCCAGAACAGUCUGCGAGGACCGGACACGGACGUACACGGCUCAACAAUCGCUACAGCAACACACCUUCACGGUGCUGUGGAUAGUUUGAAAUCGACGGGUGGCCUUCCCCAGACACACACGCUGAAUAUGGUGUGGGAGGAUGACCUGCUGGCGCCAGACCUGCCCCGAACCGCACACACACAACACACCUCUCUACGUACGCCGAUGCAUCCUGACUCACAAUCACAUACGCACAUACACGCACACGCACACUCUACCAAGCCAAUGCCUGUGUCAACACCAACGGGCAUCUCACCGGUCGUCGCUCGGGCAAUCAGCCCCAAACCCAGAUCACACUCCUCCACACUGCAGCGGAGCUCGUCAGGGCUGGGAACCAAGGUGGUCGCACCUAACAGUCACCAGGCACAGCCACGAACCAAUAUGCCAGAAGUAUCACCGAUCCAUCCCCACACAGAGAGAGAACCACAGACACACGGCAGAGCAGGCAGCAAUACAAGCACCGGCACGCGUGGGAGUGCAGAGUCCGAGUCUGCAGAGGUGAGGACGGAUAUCAGCCUACACUUGGCCGAGGGGACACCGGAGUCAAGCUCAGAGCGUACGAGUUGCAGGAGGACGUUGUCUGGCACGGUGCAGUCUCUUCGUAGUCAACAACACAGGACUCCGCGUGUGCGUACGUCGUUGCCACAACAACCUGUAACCGACCCACCUACGUAUUCCUAUCGUGGCGAGUCGUUUGACUGUGACGAGAGCGAUUGCGAUUCGGGCGGUGAACGCGAGAGAGCAAAUAAAUAAAGUGCACUUGAAAUCACUAGAUUAUACACGAAACAGCACA